CCCCAGCAGCCGAGCCAUGGUUUGGACCCGAGCAGCUGUGCGAGGCGGCAGGCGGAGAGGGCGCUAUGGGGACGGUGCACGCCCGGAGUUUGGAGCCUCUUCCAGCCAGUGGACCUGAUUUUGGAGCCUUAGGAGAAGAAGCUGAAUUUGUUGAAGUUGAACCUGAAGCUAAACAGGAAGUUCUUGAAAACAAAGAUGUGGUGGUUCAGCACGUACAUUUUGAUGGACUCGGAAGGACUAAAGAUGAUAUCAUCAUGUAUGAAAUCGGAGACGUUUUUAAGGCUAAAAACCUUAUUGAGGUAAUGCGGAGAUCUCACGAAGCCCGUGAAAAACUGCUCCGUCUGGGAAUAUUUAGACACGUGGAUGUUUUGAUUGAUACGUGUCAAGGUGAUGACGCACUUCCAAACGGGUUAGACGUUACCUUUGAAGUAACUGAACUGAGGCGGGUGACGGGCAGCUACAACACCAUGGUCGGGAACAACGAAGGCAGCAUGGUGCUUGGCCUCAAGCUCCCCAAUCUGCUUGGCCGCGCAGAAAAGGUGACCUUCCAGUUUUCCUACGGCACAAAGGAGACCUCCUACGGCCUGUCCUUCUUCAAGCCACAGCCUGGACACUUCGAAAGAAACUUCUCCGUGAACUUGUAUAAGGUGACUGGGCAGUUCCCGUGGAGCUCACUUCGGGAGACCGACAGGGGCGUGUCCGCCGAAUACAGUUUCCCCAUAUGGAGGACCAGCCACACCGUCAAGUGGGAAGGGGUGUGGCGGGAGCUGGGCUGCCUCUCCAGGACCGCGUCUUUUGCCGUCCGACAAGAAAGCGGCCACUCUCUGAAGUCCUCUCUCUCGCACGCCAUGGUCAUCGACUCUCGGAACUCUUCUAUCUUACCCAGAAGAGGGGCUUUGCUGAAAGUUAACCAGGAGCUGGCCGGCUACACCGGAGGGGAUGUGAGCUUCAUAAAAGAGGACUUUGAGCUUCAGCUGAAUAAACAGCUGCUACUUGACACGGUCUUUUCAGCGUCUCUCUGGGGCGGAAUGCUGGUCCCCAUUGGUGAUAAGCCAUCAAGCAUUGCAGACAGGUUCUACCUCGGGGGACCGACCAGUGUGCGCGGCUUCAGCAUGCACAGCGUUGGGCCACAGAGUGAAGGCGACUACCUGGGCGGCGAGGCGUACUGGGCCGGCGGCCUGCACCUGUACACCCCGCUACCUUUCCGGCCGGGCCAGGGCGGCUUCGGAGAGCUUUUCAGGACACACUUUUUCCUCAACGCGGGAAACCUCUGCAACCUCAACUAUGGGGAGGGCCCCAGAGCUCAUAUUCGGAAGCUGGCUGAGUGCAUCCGCUGGUCCUACGGUGCGGGGAUCGUCCUCAGGCUGGGCAACAUCGCCCGGCUGGAGCUUAACUACUGCGUCCCCAUGGGGGUGCAGUCGGGGGACAGGAUAUGUGAUGGCGUCCAGUUCGGAGCGGGGAUAAGGUUCCUGUAGCUGCCGCAGAGCGUCCUCCAGCCCUUCUGGGAGAAGCUCUGGGACGUGGCGGCAGCGUGUCCCUGGCACCACGCGUGUUCUCUGCAGAAGCACAUGCCAGCGGUCCCCUGACCGCAGCCUUGUGGGAAUCAUGUCAAUAAAUUUUCAAGCCAAACA